UCCCUUUCCGAUUGGUUUUGGGACCGGUUUAAGCUGGAAGGGUAGUCAUUGGUUUGCUUCUCCGUCUCGGCCUGAGCCCGCCCCCGCUCGGUUGCCGUGGUUGCGGGCCCGGCCCGCCCGCCAGCUCGCUGACAGCACGACUCAGGGCGGAGGGAAGUAGGUCCCUUGGUCGGUCGGGAACGAGGCUCAGGCGGCCAGGCCCGCGCGGAGCCGUUGCCAUGGCAGCCGCCGCCGGGGACGCGGACGACGAGCCGCGCUCAGGCCACUCGAGCUCGGAGGGCGAGUGCGCGGUGGCGCCGGAGCCGCUGACUGACGCUGAGGGCCUCUUCUCCUUCGCUGACUUCGGGUCUGCGCUGGGCGGCGGCGCGGGCCUCUCGGGCCGGGCGUCCGGCGGGGCCCAGUCGCCGCUGCGCUACUUGCACGUCCUGUGGCAGCAGGAUGCGGAGCCGCGCGACGAGCUGCGCUGCAAGAUACCCGCCGGCAGGCUGAGGCGCGCUGCCAGGCCCCACCGGCGGCUCGGGCCCAUGGGCAAGGAGGUGCACGCUCUGAAGAGACUGAGGGACUCCGCCAAUGCCAAUGAUGUGGAAACAGUGCAGCAGCUGCUGGAAGAUGGUGCAGAUCCCUGUGCAGCUGAUGACAAGGGCCGCACAGCUCUACACUUUGCCUCGUGCAAUGGCAAUGACCAGAUUGUGCAGCUGCUCCUGGACCAUGGUGCUGAUCCUAACCAGCGAGAUGGGCUGGGGAACACGCCACUGCACCUGGCGGCCUGCACCAACCACGUUCCUGUCAUCACCACACUGCUACGAGGAGGGGCCCGUGUGGACGCCCUGGACCGAGCUGGUCGCACACCCCUGCACCUGGCCAAGUCAAAGCUGAACAUCCUGCAGGAGGGCCAUGCCCAGUGCCUAGAGGCUGUGCGUCUGGAGGUGAAGCAGAUCAUCCAUAUGCUGAGGGAGUAUCUGGAGCGCCUAGGGCAACAUGAGCAGCGAGAACGCCUGGAUGACCUCUGCACCCGCCUGCAGAUGACCAGUACCAAAGAGCAGGUGAGCUGCAGCCACAGGCCCAGACCCAGGGCCUGGCAGGAGCCUCAGGGCCAGUCCACCCUGCUCCGAUGCCACCAGACACUCGUAUCAGAAAGAGGCUGUGGGCUGGGGCCAGCCGCAGGGGCUCACACCUGUAAUCCCAACGCUAUGGGAGGCUGAAGUGGGAGGAUCACUUGAGGCUAGGAGUUCGAGGCUGCAGUGAGCUGUGAUUGCCACUGAACUCCAGCCUGAGUGACAAAGCAAGGUCCUCUCAGAACAUGUGGAAAAAGGCAAAAAUUAUAAAAACAAACAACAACAAAAAAAACCAGAGCAAGGCCCUGUCUCAAACAAAAAAAGUAGGGGAAAGAGCCUAUGAUUGUGGGUUGCAGGCUUCAAAGCCUCCGUUCACUUGCUUUGAAGUUGCCAGUGGCUAGUGUGUGUUCAUGGCCCUGCCCUCUAGGACAGCCCUAGGCCACCUGGUGUCAAAGAUUGACCCUUGGUCAGCUGCUGCAUAGUCAGAAGCCACCACACGCCCUGGGAGGAGAGACCGUGCCUGUGUUCUGUGCCUGUGGGAUUGUGGAAGAGACCCAGGAGCCCUGGCACACCCCAUGUCCCAUAACAGAGCCUCUGUUCCGUCCUGCAGGUGGAUGAAGUGACUGACCUCCUGGCCAGCUUCACCUCCCUCAGUCUGCAGAUGCAGAGCAUGGAGAAGAGGUAGCAAGAGAGGCUCCCUGCCUUCCUGCCACUGCCCCACCCUGCCCCACUGCUGUCUCAGUACCAAGAAAAAGCCCAGCAUCUGGGACUUGGAGCUGCACUUGUCUGGUGAGGACCUUGCCCUCACCCGCAGAUGCCGUGGGGCAGAGAUGCUCUCUCUCCACGGCCUCAGAGCCACUCCCAGCCACAGUUUCCAGCAUCUCUGUGGACAGGGACCACAGCUCCCAGCUUCUUCCAGUUCUCGCAGCACCAGACCAGCCUCUGCAGCUGCACUUCAGCUCCGUAGACCUGCGCUAUCUCAGCAGACCUCACUCGCCCCAUGGCCUUCAUGGCGCGCUCCAGGCCUCAGACCCUUCUCUGUGUUCCAUCCUGGCCACGGGCUUGUUGCAGUCAGCAGGUGUGGGCUUAGGUGGGCACCCUGUGGCCAGGGGUACUGCGUGAGGCCCUUAGUUGGUCCUGUGCCUCUCACCAGCACUUAGACACGUCACCAGACUUUCAAGGAGAUACUGCAGUGAGUUUCUCUGGUUGGAAGGGGAGGGUUGGUGAGUCCCAGACCUUAAAAAUACAAGGUUAAGAGGGACCCCAAAGCAAAAAAUUCCAACCCUUUUCCUCCCAGUCAUUGAAACAUCAAAACUAUUAUACCGGAGGGUGUAAUAGUUUUGCUCCCAGUUGUGGUAGGCCAGUAGUGGCCUCCCAAGAUGCCCAUGUCCUAAUCCCAGGAACCUGUCAAAAUUACCUUGUAUGGCCAAAGGGGCUUUGCAGAUGUAAUGAAGUUAAGGAUCUUUGGCUGGGAAGAUUAUCCCAGCUUGUUCAGGAGGGCUUGAUGUCCUCACCCGGGUCUGUAUAAGAGCAGAGCAGGUGACGGGAGAGCGGGUUGGAGGUGUAGUGAUGGAGCAGGAAACUGGAGUUGAGGAGGGCAGCUCAAGCCACAGAGUCCAGGCCACCUCAGAGCCAGGAAAUGCAUCCUCCCACAGAGCCCUGGGAGGCCCCAGCCCUGCUCCCACCUGGACUGGCUCAGUGAGGCUAAUUUUAUAAUUAAUUCUGGCUGAUUUUAGAACUCUAAGGGAAUAAAUUUGUGUUGUUUUAAGUCA